AUGGCUCCUCGUGCUGACUUCCCGCCCGUCCGGGCCUGCCUCUUCGACAUGGACGGUCUCCUCCUCGAUACCGAAGAUAUCUACACUAAGUGUGUCAACAUCAUUCUCGAGAAGUACGGCAAGGGAACCCUCCCCUGGUCCAUCAAGGCCAAGCUUCAGGGUCGCCCCGGCCCCCAGGCCAACAAGAUCUUCCACGACUGGGCUCAGCUCCCCAUCACUUCCGAGGAAUACAUCGCCGAGAACACUGCCCUUCAGAAGGAGCUGUUUCCCCAGACCAAGCCCCUCGCCGGUAUUGUCGACAUGCUCGGUCACCUCGGCCGCACCCGAUACUGGGAGGUCAAAGAUGGUGCUACCAAGGAGAAGUCUACCACUGAACCUCACCGAGUUCACAUUGCCCUUGCUACUAGCUCACACCUUGGCAACUUCCGUGUCAAGACCAACCACCUGGAGGAGCUGUUUGCCGUCUUUCCUUCUCAUCGUCGUGUCCUCAGCGACCACGCUCGUCUGACUCCUGGACGCGGGAAGCCUCUGCCCAACAUCUAUCUUCUUGCCCUGAAGACAAUCAACGACAGUCUUCCCGCCGGCGAGCGACCCAUCACUCCCGAGGAGUGUCUCGUCUUUGAAGACUCUGUCCCCGGUGUCGAGGCUGGUCGACGUGCGGGUAUGCGCGUGAUCUGGUGCCCUCACCCCAUGCUGAAGAAGGAGUACGAUGGGCGUGAGGCUGAGGUCCUUGCUGGACGCACUGGCGAGGCUGGAGAGGUCGACCUCCACCAAGUCGGCGAGAUUGAUGACGGCUGGGCCGAGUAUAUGCUCAGCCUGGAAAACUUUCCCUAUGAGAAGUUUGGUAUCACUGUUCCUCCCGCCGAGGUAGAGAAGGAGGCUUGCAUGAAGGAGGUCCCCGAGGAGGUUGUUGCUCAAGUCUAGGAGACUGAGCCUCUUGCCCCUGGCGAGCCGUUGGUGGUGAAGAAGCCACUGGAGUUUCUUAAACUCAAUUAGGCGGAGCCCAAAUGUUUUACUUCCCCGGCCACCCCUGGAGAAUGGCUGUAAAUUGGAACAUCAGGAAAUGAAUUGGAAUAGAGAAAAGGAUGCAGGACGACAUACGAAAUGCCAGCAUAUAGAAGGCACGCGCUGUAGCGGAUGAAUCACCACGAGCCUAGA